AUUUAAUUACACUAACUAAUUAAACCCAAAAAAAAAACACAAUUAAUUAAAUAAAAAAAAAAAAUCAAAUUAAAAUUUACUGGUCGACAAAAAUUCGGUAUAAAUUAUUAUAUAAAGAACUCCUCUUUUGUUCCUCAUCAUAUUUCAAUUUUAUUUAUAUCCCUUUUUCCUAAUUCUUUUUCCAUUUAUUUCAAUUAAUUUUCAAUUAAGUCAAUUAACUUUUAAUUAAUUAAUCAACUGAUCAUCUACCAAUCACAUACUACAAUGUCUCCCCCAGCUGUUUUAAAGAAAUCCGGUGUCAUCUAUGGUGAUGACGUUAGAGAUUUAUUCCUUUGGGCUCAAGAAAAAGGAUUCGCUAUCCCAGCCAUCAAUGUUACUUCUUCAUCAACUGUGGUUGCUUCUUUAGAAGCUGCUAGAGAUAACAAAUCUCCAAUCAUCUUACAAACUUCUCAAGGUGGUGCUGCUUACUUUGCUGGUAAAGGGGUUGCCAACAAGAAUCAAGAAGCUUCAAUUGCUGGUUCUAUUGCUGCUGCUCAUUAUAUUAGAGCUAUUGCUCCAACUUAUGGUAUUCCAGUGGUUUUACAUACUGAUCAUUGUGCUCAUAAAUUAUUACCAUGGUUUGAUGGUAUGUUAGCUGAAGAUGAAAAAUUCUUUAAAGAACAUGGUACUCCAUUAUUUUCUUCUCAUAUGUUAGAUUUAUCUGAAGAAACUGAUGAUGAAAAUAUUGCUACUUGUGCUAAAUAUUUCACUAGAAUGGCUAAAUUAAACCAAUGGUUAGAAAUGGAAAUUGGUAUUACUGGUGGUGAAGAAGAUGGAGUUAACAAUGAACAUGUUACUAAAGAAUCUCUUUAUACUUCUCCAGAAACUGUUUUCAAAGUUCAUGAAGCUUUAGCUCCAAUUUCUCCAAAUUUCUCCAUUGCUGCUGCUUUUGGUAAUGUUCAUGGUGUUUAUAAACCAGGUAAUGUUCAAUUAAAACCAGAAAUUUUAGGUGAUCAUCAAGCUCAUGCUAAACAACAACUUGGUUCUAAAUCAAACCAUCCAUUAUUCUUAGUUUUCCAUGGUGGUUCCGGUUCAACCCAACAAGAAUUCGAUACUGCUAUCAAGAAUGGUGUUGUCAAGGUUAAUUUAGAUACUGAUUGUCAAUACGCUUACUUGACCGGUAUUCGUGAUUAUGUCUUAACUAAAAAAGAUUAUAUCUUAACUCAAGUUGGUAACCCAGAUGGUGAAGAUAAACCAAAUAAGAAAUAUUUCGAUCCAAGAGUUUGGGUUAGAGAAGGUGAAAAGACUAUGAGUGCUAGAAUUUCUGAAGCUUUAGAAAUCUUUCACACUAAGAAUCAAUUAUAAGUUUUAAAACUUUGAUUUUGAGUUGAUAUAUAUUCUUUUGAUUUUUUAGUCUCUACCUUUUACCUUUUAUAAUAUCUUUUAAAAAAUGUUUUAAUCUUUCAUAAUAAUAUUAACUCUUUUAUAUAUAAAUAAUAUAUACAUUUAUUGAAAACAAAAAGAAGAA